CUCCAAACCAGUAGAGGGCGCUGUGACCACACAGGACAGUAACUGAGCUGGCAAGAUGGCGGAGUCUGAGGAGGCCAAAUCGCCUUCUUGUAGGUUUCUGUUUAAAAAAUCUACUAAAAAAUUCUCCGGACGGAAAAGGAAAGCGAGUGGCAGUGACAAAGACAGUAACAGUGAUGAGGACCAGAGCGCCGUGGUCAGAAGAGAAAAGAAAGAUGCUCGGGUCAAUCCCAUGAUUCAGAGGACGAAAAAGGUAGAGAGAGAUGCUUUAUCUUCGAGUGACAGCGACGAAGCCAAGGACGACAAGAUCACUGUUUCUUAUAAAUCUACACGGUCAGCGAAACCGGAGGGACCUGAGGACAUGGGUGCAACUGCUACAUAUGAGCUGGACACAGAGAGAGACAAAGAUGCCCAGGCGAUUUUUGAGAGGAGUCAGAAAAUCCAAGAGGAGCUCACAGGUAAAGAAGAUGAUAAAAUAUACCGUGGCAUCAACAACUACCAGAAAUUCAUCAAGCCUAAAGACACCACCAUGGGGAACGCCUCUUCUGGCAUGGUCAGGAAAGGGCCGAUCCGCGCCCCUGAACACCUGAGAGCCACAGUCCGGUGGGACUACCAGCCAGAUAUCUGCAAGGACUACAAGGAGACUGGAUUCUGUGGUUUUGGAGACAGCUGCAAGUUCCUUCACGACAGAUCGGACUACAAACAUGGCUGGCAGAUUGAGAGGGAGCUGGAUGAGGGCACAUAUGGAGGAAAUGAUGAUGAGAAUUAUGAGGUGAGCAGCGACGAUGAGGAUUUGCCCUUUAAGUGCUUCAUCUGCCGGGAUUCUUUUAAGAAUCCCAUCAUCACAAAGUGCAAGCACUAUUUCUGUGAAACCUGCGCCCUGCAGCACUACCGCAAGUCCAAACGCUGCUACGUCUGCAACACUCAAACCAACGGAGUCUUUAACCCUGCAAAAGAGCUUAUUGCAAAGAUGGAGAAGCGUAAUGCUGCCGCAGCAGAUCAGCCUCCAUCAGAGGAAGAAGAUUAGCAUCAUAUGAUUUUUUUUAAACCUCUCUAUGUGUUUGUCUGUGUAAAUUUUCAAUAAAUAUUUUUUAGAAGCUU